AUGGGGACGUUAGAUCUUGAAAACAACUGCACUCUGUAUAUAUGUACAGACAAUUGUGAGAUUCCUUCAGUGAGUGAAAUACAGAAAAAGUUAGAAAGCCAAAAUGUAGACAAUAAAAUUGAAGGGAUGGAAAAUCUUAUUUUUAAUAUAAUACAAGGAGAACCAUAUGGGAACCUACUAAUGUAUGUUAUUCGAUUUAUAGUACCACAUAAAGAUCAUAGAUUAAAAAAAAUGUGUCAUAUAUUUUUUGAGGUUGUAGAUAAAUGUAACAAUGAUGGAAAUUUAAAAGAAGAAAUGAUAUUAGUAUGUAAUGCUUUGAGAAACGAUUUAAUAUCACCAAAUGAAUAUGUGAGAGGAUCAACAUUACGAUUAUUAAGUAAAAUAAAAUAUUUAAAAAUUUUAGAUCCUUUAAUUGAAGCAAUUACAAAAAAUUUAAAUCAUUCACAUAGUUAUGUAAGAAAAAAUGCAAUUAGUUGUAUUCAUACAAUUAUUAAAAAUCAUGGAAUAGAUGUUAUACCAAAUGCAGUUAAAGAGGUCGAGAAAAUAUUAUUUUUAGAAACUGAUAUAUCUACAAAACGUAGUGCACUAUCUAUGUUAAUUGAUAUCGACCCAUUAACGACACUAAAAUAUAUUCUUUCAUUAAAUGAUCAAUUAUAUGAUACAGCAGAUGUUAUGUUGUUAGAAGUUAUUCAACUUUUUAAAAAAUUAUUUAUUCCUCAGAUUUUUGAUGAUUCAUGUUUAAAAAUAAAUGGAAAUAAAGAUAUGGAUGAUGAUAUAUGUAGUCAAUAUGAUUCAGAAAAAGAUGAUGAUUAUUGUGAAGAUGAUGAAAAUGAAUUUGAUUAUUCCCAAAAUGAUUUAUCUGGUUAUGCACAAAAUAGUAAUGAUAAUAAUAUAUUAAAUUUUAAAAGUGAAGAAAUUCGAUUUAAAAAUAAAAAAUUGAAUCAAAAUGAUUAUAUGCCAUAUAAAAAUAAUGUAAUAAAUAUUUUAUUAAAUAUGUUAAAUAAAAAUGUUAGUAAUAGUGUAUUAUAUGAAGGAUCAUGUUGUUUAUUAUAUAUUAGCAAUUCUACAAUAAGUGUUAAAACAGCAAGUGAAUGUUUUAUAAAAUUAUUAAUAAGUCAACAUGAUAAUAACAUAAAACUAAUAGUUAUUGAUAAAUUAUAUUACAUCAUGUGUAAAUGGAAACAUAUUCUUGGAAAUUAUAUAAUGGAUUUAUUGCGAAGUUUAAAUUUUCCAUCAAAAGACAUAAAAAUCAAAAUUUUAAAUUUAGUUUUACAUAUAUUAACAAAAAAAAAUGUACAUUUAGUUUUAAAUGUUAUUAAAAAAGAAUUAUUAAAACUAAACGAGGAAUUUAUUUAUAACUCAAAGGAGCUAAUAUCUCGAGGUAAUAUCCCCAAUAAUGAUCCGAAUAAAAUAGUUCCGAUAACAAAAGAUGAAGAACAUGGUGGAGGAUCUACAAAGGUUUCAAAUUUAGAAGGUUUUAAUAAUGCAUAUAAUAAUAACAACAUAUUAUCAAAUGUUAUUGAUUCUGGAAAUUAUAAAAAAAUUUUGAUUAAAUUUUUACAGCAUAUAUGUAAUAUGUAUACUACAGAUUGUAUAUGUAUAGUUGAUUUGCUUUUUAUUUAUGCAAAUACGCAAGAAAAAAAUAUAAAUUAUGAAUCAGCUAUUUGUAUAAAAAAGUUAGCAAAUAAUAGUGUAUUGCAAAAUAAUAUACUUGAGAAGAUUAUAGAAAAUAUGUUUGAAAUAAAAGAAACAACAAUAUUACGUAUAUUUUUAUGGAUAGUAGGUCAAUAUAUGAAUAAAAAUAAAAUGAUUUUAAAUUUUAUAAAUAUAUUAUAUGAACAAAUGUCUUAUUUUUUAAAUAAUAAUAUGGAAGAGUCAGAUGUUGUUAAUAAACUAUUUAACGAGAAAUUGAAAAAAAAUAAAUUUUUUAAUUAUAAUGAAAUAUCAAAUAAUAUUACAGAUAAUAAUACAACACCAUAUUUUCAAAACAUACAAACUAAAACUGUUAUUUUAGAAGAUGGUACAUAUGCUACUGAAGCUUUUGCAACUACCCCAAAUAAGAAUCCUAUAAAUUUAUCUGACUCAAAUAAAAAUGGUGCGAAAUUUUCUGCAAACAAUAAUUCGUCUUUAAAUCAAUUUUUAUAUAAUUUAUUUUGUGAAAACGAUGAUUUAUUAUUAUCCGUUUUAUGUGUGUGCAUAACAAAGUUGUAUCUUCGAUUACUAUCAAAUGCGGAUGACGUUUUUAAUUUUAUUCGCUUGGCGAGUAACAUUGACGAACAAAAAUGUGGGGAAAAAUGUGGGGGAAAAUGUGGGGAAAAAUGUGGGGGAAAAUGUGGGGAAAAAUGUGGGGGAAAAUGUGGGGAAAAAUGUGGGGGAAAAUGUGGGGAAAAAUGCGAAGAAAAACGUGAGGAAAAUCACGAACAAAAUUACGACCCCAACUUGAUGUUAAAAAACUUGAACGUGUUCAGAAAUAAGUCGAUUCACAUUUUGUCAAGCAUAAUAAAAUAUACAACCCAAAAAAAUAUAAAAUCUGUAACUAGCGUAUAUGAAAAUGACAGUAAUGUUAUAAGGAUAACACAAUGUCUUAACAUAUUUUUAAAACUAAAAGUGGGAAUCAAAAAUAUAGAUAAUGAAACGAAGAAAUUUAUAGAAACGUUUAUUAAUGGAGAUAAAUAUUAUCACGAUUUUAUAAAAAAGGAGGAAGAUAAAUAUUGUAGCUUAUAUGGAUCUAGUUCUAAAAAUUGUCGAAAAAUAGAAACUAUAGAAGAUGAUAAUAUAAAUAACGAAGAAGGUGACAAUAUAUCAUUAAUUAGUGACAACGAAAUGGAAAAUGUAGAUAGCAUAAUUAAUUUUAGAAUUUUAAAAGAAAACAAGAAUGUGUUAAAUAUGCUUGAUGAUGAAAUUGUAACAAAAAAUGAAAAUUUUGAACAAAUGAAGUUAAAAUAUUCCUUAAAAAAUGAUAUAUUAUAUGAUUAUAAUGAAUUUAAAUAUCCUAUUAUAAAUCAAGAUAAUUAUUCUUCAUUAUUUUUAUCUAAAUUGCAUAAAUCUCAACCAAUAACUAGUAUUGCUGAUGAUAUAUUUAUCGAAAUAUUCCCAAUAAUUUCAAGUAUAAAUUUAAUACUUGAAUUUUAUAUAUAUAACCAAUCAGGUAUAUAUUUACAAAAUAUAUUUAUUAAUUUAUCUACACAUAAUAAUUUAAAACCAAUAGAUAAAAUACCACAAUUUAAUUUAGCUCCAAAUGAAAAAAAAAAAUUCAGAACCACUAUAAAGGUUCAUACUACAGAAACAGGAACUAUUUUUGGAUAUGUUUUUUUCGAAAAAAAAAAUGAUCCUCAAAAAUAUUAUAUCGUUUUAAAUGAAAUCAACAUCAAUAUGAAUGACUAUAUUACCGCUUCUUUUGUAUCGUCUCACUUGUUCCGCAUUAUGUGGUCAGAGUUUGAAUGGGAAAACAAAAUUAAUGUCAACACGUCGAUUAGUGACGCCUUCGAAUUGCUGAAGCUAAUUAUAAAGCACACAAACAUGACAAUAGUGGAGAGGUUUAUGCCUUUAGAAUAUUAUGAACACGAAAUGAAAAAUGUAGGAGAGAAUGAAAAUAUAACUCCUAUAGAUGUAUACAUAUCUUAUAUUUCAACUUUAGAGGAUUUUAAAUCAUUAGUAAACAAUUCAGCUUUUUUUUCUGUGAAUUUAUUUUCCCGAAGUAUAUUUGGAGAAGAUUCUUUGGCUAACUUUUCCGUUCAGAAAAAUUCAGAUGGAAAAUUAACAGGGAGUAUACGCGUUCGAAGUAGAACCCAGGGCAUAGCACUUAGCUUAGGAGACAAGAUAACGUUGAUACAAUCUGGAAUAAAUACUGAAUUGCAAUAA